CUGGGCAUCCACCCUUGUUCACACACUCUCUUGGCAUCACUCAUAGGAUAUGGGAAGACUGUUUGGAAAUUCUCACAGGAGGAACAUGAGGGUGUAAAGUUGGAGGUCCGUGGAAUAACGCCUGUAGGCUAAUGGGAGAAACUAGAUAAGAUCCAUUUAAUGUAAUCCUGAGGGACCUCCUACGGUUCAAAUAGUGUCUUGACAUACUUCAUAGGACUUUAUUUAUUUGAUUAUAUUAUCUCCAAUACUUUUGCUGGAGCCAUGUCGACUGCUCAAUCUUUACACCGCACUGGUGUCUACAACUAUUUCCUGAACAUGGUGGCUUAUCAGAUAUGCUGCUGCUGUGGCCCAGCACCGUGUUCCCUGUGCUGCUCUUUCUGUCCACCCAUCAAAUCAUCAUCCAGCACCCGGGUCAUGUACACUUUAUUCCACAUCCUGGCCUGCACUGUCUCUUGUCUCAUGCUAUCUAAGAAUGUGUCAGUGGCAGUGAGGGAAAAUGUGUCUUUUUUUAAUGUGGUGUGUGAUGAGGCUCAUGGUGGUGGGGACUGUCAGAUGUUGGUGGGGUACUCUGCAGUCUACAGGGUGUGCUUCGGCACAGCUUGUUUCUAUUUGAUGAUGGCCAUCUUCCUUAUUGAUGUGAAGUCCAGUCAGGAUUUCCGAGCCCUCAUCCACAACGGGUUCUGGUUUUUGAAGUUCAUCAUUUUGCUUGGAAUGAUUGCUGCUGCCUUUUUUAUCCCUACAGAAUCCUUUUUGCAUGCCUGGCAUUAUGUAGGAGUGGUGGGAGGUUUUUCUUUCAUCCUCAUUCAGCUCACUCUCAUCACUGCUUUCGCUCACACCUGGAAUAAGAACUGGUUAACUGGUGCAGCUGAGAAUAAGAGGUGGUAUGUGGCAGUCAUGUGUGCUACUCUCUUUUUCUACACCAUUGCCACCAUGGCCUUCACUUUCAUGUACAAAUACUACACUCACCCAGCAGGAUGCCACCUGAAUAAAGCCCUGCUAUGGACAAACCUGGCCCUCUGCUCCAUCAUGUCUUUUAUUGCAGUCACACCCUGUGUGCAGCAAAAGCAGCCCCGCUCAGGACUCCUGCAGGCUUCCAUCAUUAGCUGCUACGUCAUGUACCUGACCUUCUCUGCCCUUUCCAGCCGCCCACCAGAGAAAGUGGAGUAUCAGGGGGUCAACAUGACAGUGUGCUACCCCAAAGUCAGCAGGGAUGAGAUCCAAAAUGAAGGCAAUGCUGUGGCAGUUAUUGGUGCUGCAAUCAUGUACUGCUGCGUUCUCUUUGCAUGUAAUGAGGCCUCAUACUUAGCUGAGGUCUUUGGGCCUUUCUGGAUGAUAAAGGUUUACCGUUAUGAGUUCCAGAAAGCCUCCUGUUGUUUCUGCUGGCCAGAGGAAGAAGUUGAGGAGGAGUUUGUCAUUGACGAGAACAAAGGCUGUCAGAAGGUCAUCCACAAUGAGAGCCAACGUGUUGCCUACAGCUACUUCUUCUUCCAUUUCGUCUUCUUUCUGGCCUCCCUCUACGUAAUGAUGACCCUCACUAAUUGGUUUAGCUAUGAGACUGCUGUGCUAGAGACCACCUUCACCCAUGGGAGUUACUCCACAUUCUGGGUCAAACUGUCCUCUUGCUGGGCAUGUGUAGUUCUCUAUCUGUGGCUCCUCUUGGGACCUCUGUGCCACUGCCAGUCUGAUCACAAACGACCUCGCCGUGCCCGAAUCAAGAGACGGGCCGCCUCCCAGUGCCACGUUAGUGUUAGUGUAUGAA